AUGGCACAGCAAACGGGCUCUACUCUCUCCAUCCGUGCCCAAGAUGCCUCCUCCUCCGCAGCCCAGAACCUCAUGUGGGACAUCCUAGUCGACAUUUGGUGCCCAUCAUCCAACCCCAAUGGCUACAUCAAUGUCGGCGUCGCUGAAAACGCCCUCAUGCACACCGAACUCUUGCAAUACCUAAACAAGAAUCCUCAAUUACCCGCCGAAUACCUCACCUACAAUGACGGCGGUGGUGGCUCGAACAGACUCCGACGCAGCAUCGCCCAAUUUCUGACCCGCCACUUGAAGCCCGUUAUACCGCUUGAUGCGGAGCAGUUGGUCGUCACGAACGGCGUCUCACCCGCCAUUGAGCAUGUAUCAUGGGCCUUUGCGGAUCCCGGCGAGGGCAUUUUGCUCGGAAGACCGUUCUACGGCACAUUUAUCCCGGAUCUCUCGACGCGGCCCGGUGCGACGGUUGUCCCGGUGAAUUUUGGCGACGUGGAUCCAUUCAGUGUCGAGGCUGUAUCGAAGUAUGAAGACGCCCUUCUUGCUUUUCAAACUUCGAGCGGGAAGAGAGUCAAAGCUUUGAUGCUGUGUCACCCGCAUAACCCGCUGGGCCGAUGCUACCCCCGCGAGGUGAUCAUCAAAUUAAUGCAGCUAUGCCAGAAGUAUCAGAUCCACCUAAUCAGCGACGAGAUCUACGCUUUAUCCGUCUUCGAGAACACAGUGGACGAGCACCCACCGCCCGCCACCUUCGAGUCCACGCUAUCAAUUGACUUGAAUGGGAUCAUCGAUCCCAAACUCGUGCAUGUACUUUGGGGCAUGAGCAAAGAUUUUGGCGCAAACGGUCUCCGUCUCGGCGUGAUUAUUUCCCAGUCCAGUCCGGAAUUCCAUGGCGCACUCCGCGCGAUCUCGCUCUACUCUUAUUCCUCAGGAAUAGCAGACCACCUGGUCGCGGGUCUAUUGGAAGAUCAUACCUUUACCGAUGGAUAUAUCCUAGAGAACCAGAAGAGACUUUCAGAGUCCUACGCAUUUGCAGUGGAGUUUUUGAAGAAACACAAUAUCCAGCACGCGACUGGGUGCAAUGCUGCAUUCUUCCUUUGGGUGGACCUGGGGAAGAGAUAUAGGGAGGUGCAUAGAGAGAUUUCUGCCGAGGAGGAGGUUGGUGAGAAAAUUAUGCAGCAGUUGUUGGAAGAGAAGGUGUUUUUGGCCACUGGGGCGCUGUUUGGGUCGGAGAAAGAUGGGUGGUUUAGGAUUGUGUUUACGCAGCCGAGGGAUUAUUUGGAGCUUGCACUGAAGAGGAUUGUUAAGGCCGUGGAAGAGUGA